AUGGUGCUAAGAAUGGCGAGACUCACUGACGAUGCCGGCGAAACGUCUGGGAAAGCGCACGGUCCGACUUUGGAAAUGAUCAUGCAGACAAUGGACCCCGGACUAGGUGCGUUCCAAUAA